AUCCCAAACCUGACAGACACAAGAGUAAUGGCACCAUGUCUCUGAGCACCACUAUAGUCAGAGCCAGUCCCACCCCUCCAGUAGACGGGGCUGAUACCCAGAGUCCUUCAGGUCAGGAUCUACCUCUUCACCGCUCKACAGACAUCCUCUGUCCUCCUAGACAGUCCAAGAGCCCAGAGUCUCCUCACCACUCUGACGGUCCUCCGAGAGGCUCGGUAGACCUGCGGAGUGGUUCAGGUCUGGGCUUUACACGCAGCCAGAGUGAGUGUAACUAUCACCGUGGGAACAAUACAGACUACGACCUGCAGAAACGCCACUCCGUACCCAACUCACACCGCCUCACCAAGGUGGAUUCUGGGUACUCCAGCCACCUGAACAUCCAGCAGCCCAGCGGUACGGGGGGCCAGGGGAACCAGCAGUGGUCCGGGGUCUCAGCCCAGGGGAGUGAGGUCUAUCCUGGGGCCAGGACGGGCUUCGGCCUGCCUUCCUCCGAGGACCUGUGCUACGUGCCCAUCUCCAGCUUCAAGCCCCAGGGCUCCAUGGUGGACCUGCCUCCAGGGGUCCCCAGCCUCCUGACGGGGCGCUCCCUCUUCAGCUCCCAGCUGGCACAGCAGAACCUGGGCUCGGAUGGAGCUCUACACCCUGGUCWCCCUCUGCCUGCUCCCUACCGCCACAUGGCGGCAGCAGGGAACGRCCUGUACGGUCACGYUAUGUCCUCACGGUUAGGACCCAACGUUGACCCCUCGGUCAGACACCUCCACAGCUCUGGGGGUCUGGGUGUCUCUGGGCCUGGUGGACCAGGAGGUCCUGGGGGUCUGUACCACUGCUCUAACCCGCACCUCAAACCCUUGGACCCAGGACUGAUGGAGGGGAACCCCUACAGCCAGAACUGUGUAGCCUCGUGGUCUAACGGCAGCCUUCCUGAACUCACAGGUUAG